AUGGAGGGUCUUCUGCCUCUGGUUUACAGAGCAAUUAAGAAACACAAAACUCGCAGGCAAUAUGAGUGUCUUUCAUCAGGAGCUGUUCUGAGCUACAACAAUUUCUACCCUCAAAUUCAAGACCGUGGCUACGUGCAGGAACCUUCAAUACAAAGAGUGGUGGUGGAUGAUCGUUCACAAAUUGGUCAUCGGAGAUAUAAUUCUGUAGGAGAUAAUUUCUCCGGUGGGUUUUAUUCGCCUCAGCAAAGAACAUCACGUCUUGCUGGCUCUCCCGCUUCAAAGCAGCUCGCAAGGUUUAGGAGUCUGAAAAUAUUUUCAUGCAUGACUGGUGCGUAA